AGGGCAUUUAGUGUGUUACUUUCAGGAAAAGCCAGUUUUCAGUUUGUCUUCAUUGUGUGCAUCUGUCAUAAUUCUGCUUUCUUUCCAUCGUGUCUCUGCAGCUGCUCGUUGCAGUUCGUUACAUUGACACCUGUUAACACAGUUAUGGUUAGUUGUCUGUUAGAGUUUGAAUGAUAAACUUUCUACGUGGAGAUUUAUCCCUGAAGGUACUCUAGUGAGAACUCCACUGUAGAAAGCCUCUGACUUGCAGAAGUAGACUUGUUCAAAUGCGGUUAUUUUUAAGAAUCUGUUUCUUUUUCACUAUUGGCAUUACAAAGGCUUUGGCACACUUUACAUCUCUCUCUUCAGCCAUGUCCACUCAGGGUCAAAUGGAGUGACAAAGUAUAUCGUGCCAUAACUGCUUAGUAGCAGUGGAAAAAAAAAAAAAAAAAAAAAAAAAGAGGGAUUUUGGUAUUACUGUCCUGUGCAGCUUCUGUUGUUUGUCAGUUGUUUCAAAUCAAUCUGCUGUAGAGGUAGGAAAUGAGCAGCGCUGUGAUGCUGCAGUGCAUUUCUGUGCUGGGUCGUGUUGCUGUGCUCCCUGUGAAGAGUCAGCAGAAAUGGCUAGAAAUGGCUGUGUUCUUAGCGACAGCUUGUUGGUGUGUAGGGUGAGAUGUUCAUGGCUCAGCUCUGCUAGAACGUGUAGAUCCACUGUGUGUUUGACAUUGAUUCUGCGUUAUCAUUUCGUCAUUCCAUUCAUACCGCAUUUUACAAGUGUUGUGAAGUAGAGGCUCUCUCCAAAGUGAAGUAGGCAGAAGAAACAUUUCAGGCAGCGUAAUCUUGUCUUUAAGAUGAUCACAGUAUCAAUUCUGCAGUGUUAACUCCAAGGUUAGAUUUGUGUGUUUGCUGUUUGCCCAGUCAGCAAGUAAAGCCCAGAGCUUGGCUUUCAGACCUAGCGUGAUGACAUGGGGGGUUAAAUCUGCUGGUGUUGUCUCUGGAGCAUCAUGCCUCAGGUGGAGGGUACUGCAGAGCCCACUGCAGGCUUCCUGUCAGCCACAUUGCUUGAUCUCUGAAACCGUGGCUUUGAAGUGGAGAAGCAAGGGUCCUUCUAAGAAGUGAAGCUGAACUGUUAUGCAGAAUUCAGUAAGAUUCUUAUCUGUAUCGUAACCAGCCUUGUGAACAAGUCGAAACCUCACGUUGUUGCACUUGUGUAAGCACUGCUGUAAGCUGUGCCAGGAGUGCUCCCUUGUUAUGGCAGGAUAAGAGGUGAAGGUAGAAUCAGCAAAACCUGAGCGCUUCUCCGUUACUUGGAAUGGCAGCAAGCAUCCAGUUGCUUCUGUGAAACUUAGGACAGCUGCUGUUGCGUAUACCACCAGAGUUUUAGUUAGACCAGGGUAUAACAGGAAGCUCAGGGAUUGCCUGAUGCAUGGGUGAUGGGCAGCCUUCGUUGUGUUUGGGCUGCAGGACUUUGUAGCUCUUGAGCACCGGGCUUACUCUACAGUUAAACAGUAUAUGGGCAAGUGCCCUUUUCAGGCUGCUGUGUGCGUUUGGAAGUAAUGGCAGUCAAUGGGGAGUCAGGGGGCACUGCUUGGUUGGCCGCUUCAGAGACGCACUCGUCUUUUGAAGGCAGUGGGCAGUGGUUCUGUGGCAUGUGUGACACACUGAGUGCUUUGUGGGAACUCCACGACCGUUCAGCAAUUACGCGGUUGCCUUGAGUUGCUGGGAAUUGAGCUCAGUAACCUGGGUGGUUUCCUUCUGUCUCAUCGCAUCAUUUUUACUUCUUAUUGGUAUGAGUCUUAAAGGCUGCCUGCUGUUUCCCGGGGAGAUCAUGAAACGACGUCGGCUUCCUAGCAGCAGUGAGAAUUCUGACGACAAUGGCAGUCUGUCCACCUGGUCCCAGCAUUCCAGAUCUCACCGUCGGAGGUCUUCAUGUUCCAGACAAGAAGAUAGAAAACCUUCUGAGGUGUUCAGAACGGACCUGAUCACUGCCAUGAAGUUACAUGACUCCUUCCAGCUGAACCCUGAUGAAUACUAUGUGCUGGCAGACCCCUGGAGGCAGGAGUGGGAAAAGGGCGUGCAGGUGCCAGUUAGCCCAGGGACCAUCCCAGAACCAGUAGCCAGGAUUGUGUCUGAGACAAAAGCUGUCACAUUUACACGUCCCCGGAAGUAUAUUUCUUCAUCAGGCACGAAGCCGCCAGAGCUGGGUUAUGUUGACAUUCGCACGUUAGCUGACAGCGUGUGCCGCUAUGACCUCAGUGAUGUGGAUGUGGCAUGGCUGCAACUUGCCAAUGAAGAAUUCAAGGAAAUGGGGAUGCCUGAGCUGGAUGAGUACACAAUGGAAAGGGUCAUAGAAGAGUUUGAACAACGAUGCUAUGAUAACAUGAAUCAUGCUAUUGAAACAGAAGAAGGACUCGGGAUUGAAUAUGAUGAAGAUGUUGUCUGUGAUGUCUGUCAGUCUCCAGAUGGAGAAGAUGGCAACGAAAUGGUGUUUUGUGACAAAUGCAAUAUUUGUGUGCACCAGGCCUGUUAUGGUAUCCUGAAGGUGCCAGAAGGCAGCUGGCUGUGCAGGACCUGUGCUCUUGGUGUUCAGCCCAAGUGCUUGCUGUGUCCCAAGAAGGGUGGUGCCAUGAAGCCGACCCGCAGCGGCACCAAGUGGGUUCACGUCAGCUGCGCUCUAUGGAUUCCAGAGGUGAGCAUUGGAAGCCCAGAGAAGAUGGAGCCCAUUACCAAGGUUUCUCAUAUUCCCAGCAGUAGAUGGGCAUUGAUAUGCAGCCUUUGUAAUGAAAAAGUUGGUGCUUCCAUACAGUGUUCAGUGAAGAACUGCAGAACAGCCUUUCACGUCACUUGUGCAUUUGACCGUGGCUUGGAGAUGAAGACCAUACUGGCAGAGAACGAUGAGGUGAAAUUUAAGUCCUACUGUCCCAAGCACAGCUCCACCAAGAGAACAGAUGAUGAGACCUUCAAUGACCACCUGUGUCAAGAGAAUGGGAAUGGGAUUCAGGACAGCUCUCUUCCUGCCCACAUGGACCCUUUCCACGGCAUGGAUCAAAACCAGGAGGAAGCCCACAGAGUCAGCCUCCGCAAGCAGAAGCUCCAGCAGCUGGAGGAUGAGUUCUAUACUUUCGUGGAGUCUCUGGAAGUGGCUAAAGCACUGCGGCUGCCUGAGGAGCUGGUGGGAUUCCUUUACCAGUACUGGAAGCUGAAAAGAAAAGCCAACUUCAAUAAGCCAUUGAUUACCCCAAAGAAGGAUGAGGAGGAUAAUCUGGCCAAACGAGAGCAGGAUGUUCUAUUCAGAAGACUACAGCUCUUCACACAUCUACGGCAAGAUCUGGAGCGGGUGCGUAAUCUCACUUACAUGGUGACUCGACGGGAAAAAAUCAAGAGAUCAGUUUGCAAAGUUCAAGAACAGAUAUUUAACAUCUACGCAAAACAGUUGGAACAAGAAAGAGUUUCAGGUGUGCCUUCAUUCUCCGCAGUGGAAAAUGCAGUGUUGUUCAAUAGUCCAUCUUUGGGUCCCAAUGCCCCUAAGAUAGAGGAUUUGAAAUGGCAUUCAGCAUUCUUCAGGAAACAAAUGGGCACAUCUCUGACACACUCUUUGAAAAAAUCACAUAAAAGAGAUAGAGUAAGUAAUAGCUCUGGGAACAGUAGCAAGUCCACGCUGAGGCAGCCCAGCCAAAGGGGAGAUGGUGCAGCUCCAGGAAGCUUUUUAAAUUUUGACAAGAGCUUUGCAGAAACACGGAUUGUAUCAGCACAGCAGAAAAAUGGCAUAGUUAUGCCAGACCACAGAAAAAGAAGAGACAAUCUUCCACAGUGUGAAGUAAUCAAGACAGAACUAAAGGAAAAAACUAAACAAAACCACAAACCACUGAGACCCACAGAACUAUCUCAGAGGCAAUCAGAAAACAAAAGGGCUGUGAACCACUCCAGUGGUAGGUCAGCACCUGGCACACGGAGGGACAUAGUGCCUAAAUGCAAUGGGGGUCUUGUCAAAAUAAACUCCAAUCAGACAGUAGUUAAAGUGCCUACGACACCCACGAGCCCAGUGAAAAACUGGGGCGGAUUCCGAAUUCCAAAGAAGGGGGAGAGGCAACAGCAAGGUGAGAGUCCAGAGGAGACCUGCCGCCAGAACUCCAGUUACCCCUACCUGGGCAUGGGCAGAGUUUCACCGAAGGAUAGGGCAAAAAGCAAGCCGAAACCUGACAGUGAGAAUGAUGGGUACGUCCCUGAUGCUGAAAUGAGCGACUCCGAAAGCGAAGUAGCUGAAAAAAAGUGCAGACAGCAGAGGCUCAGCCCAAACAGCACUAUCAGCAGAAGGACGGACAUUAUUAGGAGAAGCAUCCUGGCAUCCUGACCGGCAAUGGGGCACCGUGGUCAGUGGUCACUGCCUACAAACCAACUUCACUUUAUUUAUUGGUGUGAGAGGGGAGAGUUCUUAGACGUGGCUACAGACCGACAAACAGAUAACCCAUUAUUCCUGAGCUGUGUAAACAUGUUUACAUACACUUAAAGCUGGAUUGUUUUGUUCCCCCAACCCAUUCUGUGACCAGUUUGAAUCUCCUUUAUUUGAAACUUCCCUGAGUAAGCAGAGAAUUGGCAUCACUACUAAAACAGGAUUUGUGAUAAACACUAAAGUAAGCCACAAAAUCAUCUAGGGGGAUAGGGUGGGUGGUGGAGAAUUAGGCAGCAUCAUCCCUUUUCUCUAAACUGCACUGUUAAAAUUCUCUUUCCUUCCCCUGUUUUCUGAAAAAGCACAAGCUCUUAAUUUAACUAAGUGUGUAUUGAAUCAAAGAUGGUUAUUUAUUUAACCAUAUUGCACUGCUAUUCCCUGCUACAAAAGGUCAGUUGCCUUGGAUGGUGGUAGGUCUUUGUCCUCCCUUUGCAGAAUGUUUGUUGUUGCAUUCGGUUUGAGCACAAGUGGCAGCUUAAAACCCUCUGUAAGCUACAGAGUUGAUGUGUAAGUACAAGACCGAGAUGUUAAACUGGAAAAAAAAGAAAGGAACAGGUCAGGGUUGCAGCUGCCUUACACUGCAACAGCUUAAAAGUUCUCAGACUGAGAGUGUGUGGCUUAUUUCUGAGAGAGGGGCCGGGCUCACAGGUUACUGUGAAUAACCUGUAGAAUAACCCGUCAGCAUUUCGUUACCUGCCUCCUGAACACCUUGACAAUUCAAGCAACAAAAUGCUAAGGCACCAGUCAGUAGGAUUUCCCAAAACCCAGCACAUAUGCACUAAUGGUAACGUAUUGGGAAAGCCCAGCUUAUGACACUAACGGGUUACCUUAAAAUGGACAUAAAUAUAUAUUUUUAAAUGAAAUGGAGAGGCAAUAAAUUGUGAUUAGCCCUUUACAGUCAAAUGAAGAAAAGUUAUUCUAUUCUGGACUAGAUUUGAUGGAAGAGGGAACUCGUAUGCAUACUUUUUUAAUAAUUGCAAAUGGCAAUAACAAGAAAGCUAUGAGCAAUAAUAUUAACAGUUCAUUAUGAUACUUUUUUUGUAGAGUGCACAUGUAACAGUGGAUUCUUAGGAGCCUGUAAAUUUUGGAAUUCUGCGUAGAUUUAACUUAGGUAUGCACUGGUGAAACGAAGGUUUCAGCUGCAAUGAGUUAGAGAAACACAGGCAUAAAGAACAAGAGCCCAGCCUGCUGUUAACCACGCUCGUUUGCAUUUUAUUGUUAGACCCUUGCCUCUCGAGCAGGGAAGAUUUUAAAGUACAGUAGAACUCUGCCGUAACUGAGUCUUCCAGAGGAUUCAAUCAGAAAAAGGCUUAUUAACACCCCGUCUUGCUAUGCAAGUUGUAACUACUUAAAUAUUGCAACAGAAUGUAUCCCUGUCGUUUAUGUUUCAAAACUCUGAAGUCUCAACCUUUUGAUAUCUUCUGGGGUGAUGCUGAGGAAAGGAAGUUUGGUUUAACACGGUGUUUUUUUAAAAGACCAUUGCUGGACCCAGGAAUUUGGAUUGACCUCAUGACUUGCACAGAUUGAAGCCCAACAGGGCACUGGUGAAUGUGACAUUACGUAGUUGCUUUUGGGAUCUGUUAAAAUAGAAGUACUGGUGUGAUCAAAAAGCAGCAGACAGACGGAAGGUAACUGCAGGUAGCUCUACCUGACGUACAGUUACACGUUUAAGGCAGGCAUUGUUUCGGUAAGAAGCUCACGACCACGUGGGGAAUUCUUCAAGCCAUAGAUGGAAUAAUCUAAAUUCUGAUUCUAGCGUGUAACCUCGCUCUGGUGUGAAAGAGGUACCUUGUGAAUUUGCACUAUUCCGAUUGCUAAUGUUGUGCAGAAUGAAUGCCUUACCUGUUUUGCUCCCCGUUGUUUAGGUUUAUAAGCUUUCUAAUGUUUCGAGUUACGCUGAGCCAAAACCAAAAAGCGCUUCCCCCAUCCCCAUUCCAAGGGCAGUCGGAUGGCUGCAGGAUGGCCAGCUCGGUAGGAUAGCUGUGUCCCCAGCGCUCAGCAGGAGGUGGCAGAGGUACAGCAGUGACCAUACAGCACCCCCGUACUUUGUUGGGAUGGAACCGUUUGCUGAAUGUGUGUUCCUAGGCGUUACCUUUACUUGUGCAGACUGACCGAGAGACCUUUGAUGCGGAUUGACAAAGUACGUCAGCCCUUGGGCUGGUUGUACUUGUGUCAGUUGCCUGGGACGGCAGUCGUUAGGUUAUGAACUCACGCAAAUCUCAGUGAGGGGUUGUUACCAUACGUGUUGUGCAUCAGUCUGAAUUGCGGAUGUUGGAACAAAUGGUCGUUAAUUUGUAAAACCGUGUACAGAAGAUUUUUCACUACGUGCCUGGCUUUGGUGUCCAUUCGGCUGAAAUUAAUCGAGAAGGUGCAUGAAGAGGAGCAGGUAGAAACAAAAAGUAUAUGUAGAGAUGACUAUUUUAUAUUACAUGGCCCAAUCCUGUAUUUAUUUCUCCCCUUUUUUGAAGUAUUUAUAAAGACCUAGUCGAAGACAGCUGUAUUUUUUGUUAAGAUAUUCGGUAGAAUUGUGCCUUUUUGUCCGUAUGUGAAUAAAUGCUGUACAUUUUUGCA